UGUGUCCUGAGGAUGGAGGCCCGGGUGGAGGCUAGGUGUUGGUGUUGUGUCCUGAGGAUGGAGGCCCGGGUGGAGGCUAGGUGUUGGUGUUGUGUCCUGAGGAUGGAGGCCCGGGUGGAGGCUAGGUGUUGGUGUUGUGUCCUGAGGAUGGAGGCCCGGAUGGAGGCUAGGUGUUGGUGUUGUGUCCUGAGGAUGGAGGCCCGGAUGGAGGCUAGGUGUUGGUGUUGUGUCCUGAGGAUGGAGGCCCGGGUGGAGGCUAGGUGUUGGUGUUGUGUCCUGAGGAUGGAGGCCCGGGUGGAGGCUAGGUGUUGGUGUUGUGUCCUGAGAAUGGAGGCCCGGGUGGAGGCUAGGUGUUGGUGUUGUGUCCUGAGGAUGGAGGCCCGGGUGGAGGCUAGGUGUUGGUGUUGUGUCCUGAGGAUGGAGGCCCGGAUGGAGGCUAGGUGUUGGUGUUGUGUCCUGAGGAUGGAGGCCCGGAUGGAGGCUAGGUGUUGGUGUUGUGUCCUGAGGAUGGAGGCCUGGGUGGAGGCUAGGUGUUGUGUCCUGAGGAUGGAGGCCCGGGUGGAGGCUAGGUGUUGGUGUUGUGUCCUGAGGAUGGAGGCCCGGGUGGAGGCUAGGUGUUGGUGUUGUGUCCUGAGGAUGGAGGCCCGGGUGGAGGCUAGGUGUUGGUGUUGUGUCCUGAGGAUGGAGGCCCGGGUGGAGGCUAGGUGUUGGUGUUGUGUCCUGAGGAUGGAGGCCCGGGUGGAGGCUAGGUGAACCUACUU